AUGAUUACGUUUGAAAUCAUUCAUACUCUUAAGCGUAGGACGGUGGGAAAUAAUGCUCAACUAGCUUUGAAGAUUGAUAUUAGUAAAGCUUAUGAUAGGGUGGAUUGGGGUUUUUUGCGUGGAGUGUUACAGAAAAUGGGUUUUGCGGAGACAUGGAUAAAGUGGAUGAUGAUGUGUGUCACGUCGGUGAACUAUUCUGUGCUGGUGAAUGCAGAUAGUGUUGGACCAAUUCAGCCGGGAAGAGGGUUGCAAUACCGGUUGCAGUACAGUGAUAAGUUUUCCAGCAUAUCGGUUAAAAAAGUCCAAGGUGAACAAAUAAUCUCAGGUGUCCAUCAAAUUCAAGAGAACGUGAUGUUUCAUGAUGAUGUACAACCUGUUGCAUCAUUAGAGUUAACACGAUGUGAUACCAGUCUUGAUGAAUUUCCAGGUUUACCAUAUGUGCAGACUAUUCCUCCUAAGCCACCAGAUUUUUUACUAAUAUCCAAGUUCACUUGCUAUUUACUUUUUCCUGUUUCAUGUGUUCGUAGUGCAGAAAGGCCUCCACCAAAACCACCAGACAUGAAAGUUACAUUCCAUCUCAACCCUUCGGAUGAAGAAGGAAGAAAGCCGGUCGUUAUUAGCUCAAAGUUAAAUGCGACCGAAGAGGCAAGACUCAUACAAAUCCUUCAAAAGAAUAAAGCAGCAAUCGGAUGGGUAUUGGCGGAUUUGAAAGGUAUCAGCCCCGCAUAUUGCAUGCACAAGAUUAUGUUAGAAGAAGACUUCAAACCAGUGGCCCAACCACAACGAAGACUGAACCCAACAAUGAAAGAGGUAGUAAGGAAAGAGGUAAUCAAACUCCUUGAAGCAGGAAUGAUUUACCCAAUUUCUGAUAGUGCAUGGGUAAGUCCGGUACAAGUUGUUCCAAAGAAGGGAGGCAUGACGGUAAUCCGGAAUGACAAGAAUGAACUCAUACCAUCUAGAACUGUGACCGGGUGGCGCAUGUGCAUAGAUUACCGGAGACUCAAUAAAGCAACGAGAAAAGACCACUUUCCAUUACCAUUCAUGGAUCAAAUGCUUGAGAGAUUAUCGGGGCAGAAUUACUAUUGCUUUCUGGAUGGAUAUUCCGGAUACAAUCAAAUCGUAGUCAAUCCAGAAGAUCAUGAGAAGACAGCAUUUACAUGUCCAUUUGGAAUCUUCGCAUAUAGGAGGAUGCCAUUUGGACUAUGCAAUGCCCCAACAACUUUUCAACGAUGCAUGCAAGCCAUAUUCUCUGACCUUAUUGAAAAGAGUAUUGAGGUAUUCAUGGAUGACUUUUCAGUGUUCGGAAAGACAUUUGAUACAUGCCUGAAUAAUCUGGACGUGGCACUUGAAAGGUGUAUUGAGACCAACUUGAUUCUUAAUUGGGAGAAGUGCCAUUUUAUGGUAACAGAAGGAAUUGUACUCGGACACAAAGUAUCGUCAAGGGGACUUGAAGUAGACCAAGCCAAGGUGGAGGUAAUUUCAAAACUCCCACCUCCAAUCAAUGUCAAAGGAGUACGAAGCUUUUUAGGUCAUGCAGGAUUCUACAGAAGGUUUGUUAAAGAUUUUUCC